GUUAGUGUGUGCCUGUUUGUACCAGAUGUGUGACUGUGCCUAUGUCAUGUUACUGUUUGUGCUUUUUGUGGGAGCCUUUGGAGCAGAGGAAGACACGGCGCUCUGUGAGAUGCUGGGAAGCCCAGAGUUUCCUCUGUUAUCUAAGGAAGGAGAUAUCACUAUUGGAGGAGUUUUCACCAUCCACGAUUCAAUACUGCAGCCUCCGCCCUCCUUCACAAAUGCUCCAGAACCUCUAAUAUGCUCCGGGAUAAGUAUGGAAUCAUUUCAAGAUGCCCAAACAAUGAUUUUUGCCAUCCAGGAGAUCAAUAAUAGCAGCUCUCUGCUGCCUAAUAUCUCAAUUGGUUAUAAGGUAUUUGACAAAUGUGGUUCAACACAGUCUUCAACGAGUGUGGUGAUGGGUCUAAUAAAUGGGCAGGAAAGGACUUUAGGUCAAAGCUGCUCCGGCCAGUCAUCUGUUCAUACCAUAAUCGGACCCUCUGAUUCCUCCUCAACCAUUGCGAUGCUACGAAUUGCAGGGCUUUUCCAAAUACCAAUGAUCAGUCACUUUGCCACUUGUGCUUGUUUGAGUAACAGAAAGGAGUACCCCUCCUUCUUCAGAACCAUCCCUAGUGACUACUAUCAGAGCAGAGCCUUGGCAAAACUGGUAAAACACUUUGGAUGGACAUGGGUUGGGGCAAUUAGAAGUGACAAUGACUAUGGUAACAACGGCAUGGAAACAUUUAUCAUUGCUGCAAGGCAGGAGGGGGUCUGCAUCGAGUACUCAGAGGCUAUCUCAAGCACUGACUCCAGUGGGCAUAUUGCCAGGGUGGUCAGAGUGAUCCAAAGCGGCAGUGCAAAGGUUUUAGUUGCCUUCCUCUCCCAGGGGCCGGAAAUGCUGCUAGAGGAAGCUCUGAAGAAGAACUUAACUGGGCUGCAGUGGGUGGGCAGCGAGUCCUGGAUUACGGCAAGUUAUCUGGCCAACAAGAGGUACUCUGGAAUCCUGACAGGGUCUCUGGGCUUCACCAUCAGAAAAGCAAAGAUCCCGGGCUUGAGAAAGUUUCUUUUGCAGGUUAACCCAAAUCAAGACCCUCAAAAUAAUCUGCUGAGAGAGUUCUGGGAAGCCAUAUUUGGUUGCAGUUUCCAACCCAGCCCGCAUGGUCAGACCCAGUGCUCUGGUUCUGAGAGACUAGAGGACAUCAACAAUCCUUUCACAGAUGUGUCAGAGCUAAGGAUUUCCAACAAUGUGUAUAAGGCUGUGUAUUCUGUGGCUCACGCCAUACAUAACAUGUUGAAAUGUGGACAAAGUGGUGAAGCGGUGAAUCAGUCCUGUAUCUGGAAAGAUUUUUUAGAGCAAAAGCAGGUUGUGAAACACCUCCAAGAUGUGAAUUUCACCCUUCAGUCAGGAGAAACUGUGGGUUUUGAUGAAAACGGAGACCCUGCAGCAACUUAUGAGCUGGUGAACUGGCAGAGAAACCAAGCAGGAGAUACUGUGUUAGUGGCUGUAGGGAGCUACGAUGCCUCACUACCAAAUGGAAAGCAGUUUAUUAUGAACGGAAUAAACACAACAUGGGCUGCCGGAUCCCCAAAGAGGCCACAGUCUGUCUGCAGUGAGAGUUGUCUGCCAGGUUUCCGGCAGGCUGUGAUUAAAGCCAAACCCAUCUGCUGUUUCUCCUGCAUCGCCUGUGCAGAUGGAGAGAUCAGCAACUCCAGCAAUUCUGCCGAGUGUUUGCGGUGUCCACUGGAGUACUGGUCAAAUGAAGAUCACAGCCAGUGUGUUCCAAAGGUGAUUGAGUUCCUAUCUUAUGGAGAAACCAUGGGCGCCCUCCUCGCUGCUUUCUCAUUGUUCGGAGCAAGUUUAACACUGGUGGUGUCAUGUGUCUUCUUUCACUUUCGUCACACACCUCUCGUCAAAGCCAGCAACUCUGAGCUGAGCUUUCUGCUGCUCUUCUCCUUGACUCUGUGUUUCCUGUGCUCUCUGACCUUCAUCGGUCAGCCCUCUGAGUGGUCCUGCAUGCUGCGACACACAGCUUUUGGCAUCACCUUUGUCCUUUGCAUCUCUUGUGUUCUGGGGAAAACUAUAGUGGUGUUAAUGGCCUUUAGGUCCACACUUCCAGGUAGUAAUAUGAUGAAAUGGUUUGGGCCUGUACAGCAGAGGCUCAGUGUUCUGGCUUUCACUCUCAUACAAGUUAUCAUAUGUAUCCUCUGGUUAACAAUUUCUCCUCCUUUUCCAUUUAAGAAUUUUAAGCAAUUCAAGGACAAAAUAAUCUUAGAGUGUGCUCUGGGCUCAGAUGUAGGCUUUUGGGCUGUACUUGGGUACAUAGGACUUCUGGCCAUGUUAUGUUUCAUUCUUGCUUUUCUGGCCCGGAAUCUGCCUGAUAAUUUCAAUGAAGCCAAAUUCAUCACCUUCAGCAUGUUGAUAUUCUCUGCAGUCUGGAUCACUUUCAUCCCAGCAUAUGUCAGCUCUCCUGGGAAGUUCAGUGUUGCUGUGGAAAUAUUUGCUAUUCUGGCCUCCAGUUUUGGACUGCUCAUUUGUAUUUUUAUUCCAAAAUGUUAUAUUAUUUUACUGAAACCUGAGAAGAAUACAAAAACGAAUAUAAUGGGGAAGGGGGCACCAAAAUAA